AUGGCGAUUGAUACGCCGGAGAAUGUAGCUGGAACCUCACAUGCAGCUAUUCAUCAAGUUGAUUACAACGAUCCACUAUAUGUUCAUCCAUCGGAUACACCAGGUUUUGUUGAUGGAUCAUGUACUAGAGAUCAAUUUGAAAAGGAUGCCUAUAAAUUACACCAGUGGGAUAGGUGUAAUGCGAUCGUGCAAUCAUGGAUUAUGAGUUCAGUCGCACCAGAACUCAGAAGAGGAAUUGCAUACUCAACCAAUGAAGAGAAAGUAUGGAAAGCUAUGAAAGAGAGAUUUGAUAAAGUAAAUGCUACUAAAAUUUAUCAUAUGAAUAGGGAGAUCAGAUGUCUGACGCAAGGCAUUUCGAGUGUUUCUGUGUACUUUUCCAGACUCAAUGACUUGUGGGAUGAAUUUGAGUCAAUAAUCCCUUUUCGUGGUUGUGAUUGUGAAAGAUCCAGACUUUUUGUGACAUUUCUUCACCAACAAAAACUCUUGAAGUUUCUAAUGGGUCUAAAUGAUACAUAUGCACCACAAAGGAGUCAAAUUCUGAUGAUGCACCCAACACCCACUCUAGAUCAGGCCUACUCGAUGAUUGUGCAAGAGGAAAGCCAAAGGGUGAAUGUUGGCACAUCACAGGCUGGUAUUUUAGGGAGCACACCUUUGAAUGUAGAGAGUAGUGCUUUAGCUGUUGCAAAUGCUUUGAAUGUGAGACCUAGGAGAAACAACGGGCUUGUGUGUGAUUACGGCCACAUGAAGGGACACUCGAGAGAAUCAUGUUACAAACUGGUAGGAUACCCUCCAGGAUUCAAGUUCAACAACAAUAGGAGAAGAGGAGGACAUGAGCAACCUGGAAACAUGGCACACAAUGUUCAUACUUCAGAGUUUCUUCAAAAUGCUGCACACGGAAACAAUAUACCAGUUGUAGUACCAACUGUCCAGCCAUUCACCACUGAGCAAUACCAACAAAUUCUCAAGAUGUUAAGCAAGGAGACCCAACCUCCAUAUGUAGCCAAUAUGGCAGGCAACUCACUUGAUAACCAAUGUAGUUGGAUUAUUGACUCUGGUGCUUCUAACUAUAUGGUUUCAUCCUUGAAUCUACUGUCAUCUUUUAAUCAAAUUUCUGAGCCUAGAUCCGCAACUGUGCACUUGCCUAAUGGAAACGAUACCAAAAUUACUCACAUAGGAACUUGUACUUUGCCUAGUUCUGAUGACCUCUUCAGUGGCAUGGUGAAGGGGAUUGGUAAACUUGAGGGUGGUCUCUACAUCCUUAGACCUUCAACAGAUGCUGCUGUCUCUUCUUCUAAGUGCAUGACCACUUCAGUUCAGCAAAGCACAACUAAACAAACAAGAUUGCCUUUUCCUAUCAGUCAUUCAAAGUCUGCUAGUUCAUUUCAACUUGUUCAUAUGGAUGUCUGGGGUCCAUAUAGAGUAAACACUCAUAAUGGAUAUAGAUACUUUCUAACUCUGGUUGAUGAUAGUACCAGAAUGACUUGGACAUUUCUUUUGAGAUUGAAAAGUGAUGUAUAUGUUGUGUUAACUGAUUUUCUUCACCUAGUAGAGAAUCAAUUUUCCACUACUAUCAAAACAUUCAGACCAGACAAUGAUUAUGAAUUCUUUAACACCUUAUGUUCUAAUCUCUUCAAAACCAAGGGAAUUAUUCAUCAGAGUAGUUGUGUUCAGACUCCACAACAGAAUGGAGUUGUAGAAAGAAAACAUAGACACCUUCUAGAUGUUGCUAGAGCUUUAAGGUUUCAAGCAAAUAUUCCCUUGAGAUGCUGGGGGGACUGCAUCCUUACAGCAACAUAUAUUAUCAAUAGAUUUCCCAGUUCCACCCUAAAUGGAAAGUCUCCUUAUGAGAUGUUCCAUGGAAAGCCACCAACCUUUGAUCAUAUGAAAACCUUGGGAUGCCUUUGCUAUGCCACAAAGCCAGAUUCCCAUGAUAAAUUUACUUCUAAAUCCAUUCCAGCUGUGUUUAUGGGAUAUGCACCCACACAGAAGGGUUACAAACUCCUUGACAUUGAAACCAACAAAUACCUAGUCAGUCGGGAUGUAGUCUUCAAGGAAGAUAUUUUCCCCUUCAAACAUCCCAGGAACAAAUUUCUUGUCUGUCCUGGUUCUGCUCCUAAAUGUUCUACUUCUAAUCUUUUUCCUGUUCCUGAUUUGCAUCCACUUAAUCCACCAUCUUUUGCUGUUGAUCCCUCUAGUUUACCUACUGAUUCUUCUUUCCCUCCUGAUCCACCAUGUCAUUCUCCUUCUCCCAAUCCUGCUCCACCUGCCUCCUCACAUUCUCCAUCUUCACCUUCUCCUGCUGCUCCUGCACCACCAUUCCUUCUUGCUGAUUCCCUCUCUUUGCCACAUCGACAAUCCUCACAAUCUCUGCAGCUCAGGAAAUCUACCAGACAAUCCAGGCCUCCCAUUUGGUUAACUGACUAUGUUCACCCCCCUUUGCCUUCUACUUCUACUUCUACUUCUGCUUCUCUUUAUCCAAUUCAACAGUUUGUGUCUUACUCUCAUCUUCCUUCUCAUUUUCAAUCUUUCUUAGCUUCUUUUUCAUCAGAUAUUGGGCCUUCUUCUUACUCUCAAGCCAUCAGAGAUGACAGGUGGGUUCAGGCAAUGAAGCUUGAAAUAGAAGCACUAGAACAGAACAACACUUGGGAAGUAGUUACCCUGCCACCUGGGAAGGUACCCAUUAGAUGUAAGUGGGUAUACAAAAUUAAGUAUAAUGCUAAUGGAUCUAUUGAGAGGUUCAAAGCAAGGUUAGUAGCAAAAGGAUAUACCCAGCAAGAGGGCAUUGAUUUUCAUGACACCUUUUCCCCAGUAGCUAAGAUGACUACUGUGAGGACUGUCAUAGCCAUUGCAGCUCUUAAGCAUUGGCCUCUUUUCCAGAUGGAUGUCCACAAUGCCUUUCUGAAUGGUGAUCUUUUUUAG